AAGAAUAAGAAAAAGAAGUAGGCGCGCUUUAGCUCAAAGUAACAACACGCGGUCAUCAUUUAGCGGUUCCUUCUCUCUGCUUUGAACAGUCGAAAAUGUUAAGACUCCAGAGCGUGAGAGUGUUCGUCUGCCAGCGGCUCACUGCAGCUGUGGAGGAGAUAAUCGGCCACUUAGAGUCCACAAUGACCGAGUAUGAAGAGGAGAUGGAGUGCCGCCAUCGCAAGCUGCUGGAUUCGGUUUCCAAACGUGAGGAGAAGCUGCAAACAGUCGAUGUCCAGCUUAAUUUGCUGAUUAAAGAAGAGCAGCAGGAUUUGAGGCCCAGCCUGGACCAGGAGAACCCAGUGUGCCCACACAUUAAAGAGGAACAGGAGGAUUUCUGGACCAGUCAGGAGGUUAAAAGCCAGCUACCAGCACUGCAGGAGGAUACCCCAGAGCUCCCAUUCACUCCUAUCGCUGUGAAGAGUGAGGAUGACCAGGAGAAACCUCAGUCCUUACCGCCUCAUCAAAGACAAACUGACGAAGACAGAGAGGCAGAGCCUCCAGCCAGCAGCUCAGCUGAACACAUGGAAACAGACGCUGAUGGAGAGGACGGUGGAGGAUCAGAACCAGACAGGGGGUCAGUCCCUGCUUUUAAAUGUCUCUCUGGACCUGCUAAUAAGACUUCACGGUGUUCUGGUGCUGUGACUAAAGAACGUGAUGCUGAUCGGAAGGGGAUCAGGAAACCUCAGACAGAUUUAAGUGUUGUGAAAAAUAUAGUUCCUGUAAGUGAUGUGGGACAUUAUACUGGCAAUAAAUUGUUUAGCUGCUCAAAAUGUGGCAAAAGAUUUGACCAGAAGCACCAUCUUCAGACACACAUGAGAUGUCAUACUGGAGAGAAACCCUUUAGUUGUUCUCUUUGUGGUAAAAGAUUCUCUCAGAAGGGAAAUCUGACACAACACAUGACGAUCCACACAAGGGACAAACCAAUUAGUUGUUCUGUUUGUGGCGAAAGAUUUACACAAAAAGGAAAUCUGACACAACACAUGACGGUCCACAGAAGAGAGAACUUUGUUGGUGAGAGAUUGACAAAGGGAUUCUGAGAGAACUCGAUAGCAUUCAGUUUACAGUCGCACAUCAAAACUCCAAAGUGACAGCAGCAGUAGUGAAGCAAUGAUCUUCUUACUUUCUUUCUUGGUUUUCAUACUCUUAGCAAUGUUGAUUGGAAUGAACAUGGCGCUGUCUCCAAUGCUGCAUCCAGUUCUCCAACAUUUUUUUUGAGUAGUAUCAACAUAGACAUGCAACUGUCGCUCAGGAGGUGAUCAGAAUAUUAAAUACACUUAAUUAAUUUGUCACUUUUCUUAACAAGGUUACGAAGUGUUUUACAGAAAACAAAAAUGGCAGAUAAAAAUCUAAACCGCAGCUAUAGCCUUCAGUGUACUAACCACACGUUUGUUUUAUAUUGCUGACUCCAGUCCUUUUGAAAUUGUAAUGAAAUUUAUGUUUUUUAAGCCCACAUGUUGAAGUGUGGCAAAGACGUAGUACCCCAAACUGCUCCUGAUGGUCAGCACCUUACAUGGUAGCUCGCUGCAAUCUGUGCUGUGAAUGGGUUUUUGGCUCAAAAUACUAAAUGAAUGCAGUCCAUUUACAAAGACAAAUUCUAAAGACAGUUAUUAGUUUUUUUUGUUGUAAAUUCAACAUUUCUGUAUUGUUGUCUAUGGAUGAUGUCCUUGAGAGUCCCUUAUUGAAUCUCAGGUUUACCUUUCAACAUUUGCAAUCAACUGAAGGUGAAAAUAACUAAAACUCAAAGAUAUCUGUUCACCUUUUAUUGGCUGAGAAGACAAGACACUAAAGUUUUUAUUGGCAGCCUAAUUAGUGUUCACAGCCUGUACUAACAAUGUGAAAGUGAGAUGAGCAGCAUAAUCUGAAUCACCUGAAUUGGCCAAGUAUGUGUGAAAAUACAAGGAAUUUUUGCAAUUUCUUGCAUUUCUCUCAAUAUACUUAACACAGAAAAAUAAAUAACAGCUAGGAACAUGAACAAAGCGGAAGAAAUAAAGGUAAAGAAUAGACAAGUAUUCUGUAUGUUGUAAUUUAUAUUAACACUGAGCCACCUGCCCAUAAGGACUAUCCAUUCAAAAGAUAUUAGAUAGGGAAUGCAAUGGUCAUGAAUCAAGUUCAAGGUUACUUUUUUAUCUUAAAGUUACAACAAGGAACUUUCAUUUUGUGCUGAUUUAGGUGGCCCCAAUGGACAAAAGUGGUAGUGUUUCCGAACACCAG